AUAUAUCACUACAUUAGUUAUAUAUCACUACAUUAGUUAUUAUUAUUAUUGUUUAUAAAUCAGGAGUAUACAAACAUAAUAACCAAAUCCCAGAGCAGACUGAUGUUUGCAGAGCGUUGGACUUGACAUGUCUUAUCUUUUAAAUCCAGCAACCACACUGGUGUCAGACAAAGGAUUAUUAAUGCUAAAUCAAAUAAAAUUCUGCUAUUAUGGAGUUUUACGUUAAUAAAAGACACUGCAGAAUAUUGAACAAUUUACGUUAACUCAGCUGGUUCAGUUUCCUGUGCCAGUGCUGUGUGGUGAGUCUAGGUGUUAAAUAAAGUCUCUUGUCAAUACUACUGAAUAAGGAGAUGUGUGUGGAGGCAGCUUCUCACUAAGCUGUGUUUACAGAGCUGUGACAGACACAGAGCAGAUCUCUCAGUGCAUUGACCUGAGAUGAAUGAUAAUAAAUGAAAACCUCUAUAUUGGUGAGUAAAAUAUGGACACACCAAGCGGCCAUAUAAUUAUUAAAAUACUUAAUAUAAUGAUAUAAUUACUGGACACUUUGGUGAGUGAGGUGAAAUCAUAGACUGUUGAUCAAAUGAGAGCACUGCUGUGUGGCGCCCUCUUAUGGAGAAGUUGAAGAACAACAUGCUGCCUUGUCUCUAUCUCCAAAGAGCUCUAGUUUCCAGGGGGACGCAUUUUCGUGUAACACUACACGUCUCCCGUGAUCUCCAUGCCCAUGAAGGUUAGUUCCGGCAUAAGUUCCGGGCGUGUUGUUGCUAAAAUGUUUUGUAAUGGUUACUUUACUGAUAUUUUAUGUUUUAUGCAGCUCCUUCGUGUUUAGUAAAAGUCUGUUAACGAGAUUCCAGGUCCAGAAAAACGAGUUUCUCCAAUUAUUCAAACGUUGACGCUUCAAACACAUGGAGACAUGAUGUUGGAUGUAUAGUGUUACAGUAAAUACCAGACUGGGCCUGCACUGUGAAGGAGGAUCUGUGGUUAGCGAGAGAACUUCCGGUUUACUUCUCUGGCUUCACUUCACUGGGUCACCUGUUCAGGAGCAGCAGGAUGGCUCUCUGGGCUCUGAGGCAACAACUUCUGAGAAGCAGCGGUAGCUGUGGAGCCUGGGGCAGGUUACUGCAGAGGCAGAGCAGUGGCUGUGUUUACUCCAACAUCCACGGCUACGACCAGCUGGAGGUCCGAGAGAAGCUCCAGGCUUUUCCUGGUGGCUCCAUCGAUCUGCUCAAGCAGGACUCUGGUGUAGCCGUGCUGACCAUCAACCACCCAACCCGCAUGAACGCCCUGUCUGGCAGUAUGAUGGUGGAGUUGGAGGAACAAGUGAGCCAGCUGGAGAACUGGACAGAUGGGAAAGGCCUCAUUGUCCAGGGUGCUGCUGGAACCUUCUGCUCUGGAUCAGACCUCAGUGCCGUCAGGGCCAUAUCUAACCCACAGGAUGGGAUGAAGAUGUGUAUGUUCAUGCAGAAUGCUCUUACAAGGCUGCUCAGGCUGCCUCUGAUGACUGUUGCUCUGGUGGAGGGGAGAGCGCUGGGAGGAGGCGCAGAGUUCACCACUGCCUGUGAUUUCAGAUUAAUGGCAUCUGGAAGCGUCAUCCAGUUUGUCCAUAAACACAUGGGACUGGUCCCGGGCUGGGGCGGCGCCGCGCGACUGGUCCACAUUGUUGGAAGCCAGAAUGCACUAAAGCUGCUGGGUGGCGCUCUGAAAGUGGACCCAGAACUUGGACUGCAGAUUGGACUGGCAGAUGGAGUCCUGGAGGACCCCCGGGCAGAGGAGGGGGCAGGGACUCCCCUCCAGCAGGCCGAGAAGUGGCUCAGCAGUUAUGUAAAAGGACCCGCUGCUGUGAUUCAGGCUGUGAAGAAGGUGGUGUUGUCGGGGAGAGAGCUCCCUCUGUCCGAGGCUCUGAGGACUGAGAAGGACGUAUUUGGAACAGUGUGGGGGGGCCCGGCGAACCUGCAGGCGCUGGCCAGCAAAUCCAAACACAAAUGAAUUGGCCAAAGUGUUUCCUCUGUAUAUUUACAGAAUCUCAGAAGAGCAGAUCAUCUAGAAACAGAUAAUAAUGAUUUGUCUUCGUUGGCCGGUGGAAAAAGGAAAAUAAACUAUUUAAAAUUAAA